GCAAAAAGAAAAAGAAAAAAAAAAAAAAAAGAAACAUAUAUACGUAUCCCAUAAACUAGGCUAAAAAGUUAGGAAUUCCUAAACCCAUAACCCAAAGAACGAAAUCUACCCAUUUCACUCUCUUUCCUCCCUAUCAAUCUUUAAUUCCAUCUCUCUCUCUCUCUCUCUCUCUCCAGUUGGCCACUACCUAUGGAAUUCUCCCUCUCUCUCUAGAAUGCUAGUGGUUCUUUUUCUUUUAUUUUUUAGGUUAGUGUCACCCACUACUACCCUUCUUCUUAUGCUCAAAACCCCCCCUGGCCUCCACUUUGAUAUUGGUAAUGCAAGAAACAAAAGAAAGGUUUCGAAAGAAAGAUGUUAGCAGGUAAGUAACAAGAGAAAAAACUUCGAACUAAGUUAAAAAAAAAAAAAAAAAAAAAAAAAAAAAAAACUUGAAUUUGGGAUUGAUCAUUAGGAUGCUAUAAUCCCUGAUUGAGUGAUUGACUCCCAUCGCCAUGGAGAUCAAACCCACUCCCUCAUCACCACCCACAACCGAGAUCAAACCCGAGAUCAAAUCCACUCCCUCAUCACCACCCACAGCCUCACUAACACUAACACAAACACAAACCUCCCCUUCUCUUUUAUUUAACCACCACCACCACCACCACCAGCUUCCCGACGACAACCCAUCUCCCAAAGAAAACCAUGUUUCCACCGGAGGAGGAGGAGGAGGAGGAGGAGGAGGAGGAAAACGGCUAAAACGAGACGAAUGGAGCGACGGGGCAGUGUCGACUCUGUUAGAUGCGUACGAGUCAAAAUGGAUACUACGAAACAGAGCAAAAUUGAAAGGGCAUGAUUGGGAAGAUGUGGCUCGCCAUGUGUCUUCAAGAUCUAAUUUUACCAAAUCUUCCAAAACCCAUACCCAGUGUAAGAAUAAAAUUGAGUCUAUGAAAAAAAAGUGCCGUGCUAUACCUGCUUCCGCAGCCUCUUCUUGGCCUUGGAAUCACCGUGUUCAGCAUUUCCUUGGAGGAAACUCUAAUCUCACUCCACCACCAUCGCCGCCGCCACCACUUGUUGAUCUUGUCGAUCCUCCUCCUCCUCCUCCCUCUCCACCGCCCUUUCUUUCGCCGCAAAAUUCCCAUGGAUCCAAUGGUGUUGAUAACAUUAAUCCUUCCCCUAAGGAAGAUGGAGUUGAUAAUGGAAGAGGAGGAGAUGAAUUACUAUCAGAGAAGAACAAGAACAAGAAUAAGAAUAAUAGUAAUAAUAAGAAGAAGAUGGUACCAGAGAAGACAGACAGUAGUAGCAGUACACCAGCUGCAAUAGUAUACAGUACUAGUGAUGAGAAAUUAGGAAAGGGGGUAGCAGCAAUGAGGUCUAAAUUACAACAAUCAAAAAUGAAGAAGAAAAAGAGGAGGAGGAGGAGCGGCGAGGUGGAUUCGUUGGAGGAGAUAGCGGGUAGCAUACGGUGGUUGGCGGAGGUGGUGGUGCGCUCGGAACAAGCUAGAAUGGAGAUGAUUAAGGAUAUAGAAAAGAUGAGAGCUGAAGCAGAGGCCAAAAGAGGGGAAUUGGAUCUCAAAAGAACACAAAUCAUUGCAAAUACUCAAUUGGAGAUAGCUAAGCUCUUUGGAUCUCCUACCACCAAACCUCUUGUUGAUCAUUCUUCACUAAGAAUUGCUAGAACUUAAUUAAAUUAUUUUUUAUUUUAAUUCCCAUAUAUAUAAUGGGGGAUUGGGGGGACACUAAAUUAUGUUAACUACCUACUACUACUACUACUACUACUACUACUACUACUACUACUACUACUACUACUACAACUACUACAACUACUACUACUCUCUCUCACACCCUCUUAUAUAUACUUAAUUAUAACUUUAGUAAUAUUCUAAUUAUAUUACUAUAACCCUAGCCCUCCCCCGGCCCUUUGUUAUUCAAUGUAAGCUUCCCUCUUUCAUUCCAGCAUGCAUCUAAAAAUGCUGUUUUUGUUUCAACUUACUUUCAGAACAAUUAAUAAUAAAUAUAAACUUUUUAUGUUA